AUGUUGCUACUCUUCGCUCUUGGGUCUAACGGUUCCGGUCAGCUAGGCAUCGGCCACAAAGAAGACGUUUCCGUUCCAAAGGAUGCCCAUUUUGAUGCAGACCUCCUGACUACCGCCUCCAUCGCUAAGAUUGCUGCAGGAGGUAACCACACGAUAAUGCUAACUUCGACUGGCGACAUCUACUGGAGCGGAGACCCGAAUACCGGUGCCUGCGGCAAGUUCACCCAAACGCAAAUCUCGCAGCCUCCUCGAUUUUAUCCCGUCGAUUUUUCAUUUGUGUCUUCACCCCAAGACCCGUUCAGGGUAGGUCUCGUUGCAGCUACCUGGGAAGCGAGCAUCUUUACCCGCCUGGAUGCCCAAGGUCACAACACCAGAGUCUACUCUUGCGGCACCGGCCAGAAAGGAGAACUGGGUUUGGGCAACUUCAUCUUCCGCACGGCUACCCCGUCUCUUAUUCCGGAUUUUCCUCCCGCAGGCACGGAGGUUGUUGAUCUUGCCGCUUGCAUGGGCCAUGUCGUUGCGGUGUUAAGCAAUGGCGACGUUUGGGGAUGGGGUAAUGGCCGGAAGGGUCAGAUCGGAGCGCCGGAGGACAUCGUUCACUCCCCCCGGAAAAUUGAGGGUUUGAGCUUCAAGGUUGUGAAAGCUGUCUGUGGAAAGGAGUUCACAUGUUUUCUGGGAAGUCCAGAAAGCGGUAACAUCGAGGUCGCUGGGUCAGACAAAUGGGGAAUCAAGGCUGAAGUCCCGGGCCAGGUUGUCGGAUGGCGGGAGGUCGGGGCAAGUUGGGGCAAUCUAUUCGUCUUGAAGGCAGAUGGGAACCUGUUGAGCUGGGGUCGAAAUGACCAUGGCCAACUCGCUCCCAACAAUCUGUCCCAAACCAAACAUAUUGCGGUGGGGAGCGAACACGUACUGGCUUUGAGCGAGGAGGGUGAUGUCACAGCAUGGGGAUGGGGUGAACACGGCAACUGCGGACCACUCAGUACUUCGGAUGUCACAAAGGGUCAGCAGAACGUUAUUGCUUCGUCCAAGUUUAUCCCCCCGGGCGCUAAAAUAACCACCAUCGGAGCUGGCUGCGCAACCAGUUGGGUUGGCAUACAGAUGCUGUCAUCAUAG